AUUUUGGAAAACAAUAGUUUCUAAACCUUUUUGUUUAUAAAACCCCAUUGAUUGUUUACAAAAAUCAAGUUUAACCGAUUGUUAUUAAAGUUUUCAAGGAUAAUUCCAACAGACAAAGUUUUUUUAACAAGAGUAGAUGACAAAAGUUUCGGCCUACUCACUUCAAGAAACACUCUUUAAAUAUAGUAAAUAUACCACCGACUCUACAUUUCACUAACUGUAGUUGCUUUUCUAAUUACAAACGGUUCUCUGAGUGUCAAAAGAAUAGUCUAUAAUCCCUACAAACAACAAAACUGUCAACAGAAAAGAUUAGAAUUAUUUUUAUUGCAUGCUUGAAUCUUUUCGACCGUGAAUGGCGUUGUUACUGACAACAAGAAGCUUAAACUUUAGCGAGGUAGUCACUUGGUUUCCUUACAAGAUGGAGUACGAUAUCGAAGCUGUGCUUGGCUCAAGAAGAGUAGUUGUACAAAAUGGCGGCAUGRAAAGUCGAGGAGUUACAGCAGGAACUGGACUACCAGAUAUUUCUCCAACUCGUGGUUUUAUACGAGGCAAUAAAAUAGUGACAAUUGACAGCAGAGUAAACAAUCGCAAACGCGGCAAAAAAGGCCAAAAAGAUUUCGAUGAGCUUCAGAAAUCCUUAAACGAAGAAAAAGCSAAGAACAGUGAGCUUGAGAACCAAAACAUGAGACUAAGAACUUUGAUUCUAGAGAGUCAAAAUGAGUAUAAUUCUCUGAAAGAACAGUAUGAUGAGCUWUACGCAAGAUAUGCGAUGUUAGAACAUCUGGAAAAGUGGGGUGACAUUAUCAGACUGAAGGACAACGAGAUCAAGAAGCAACGAGAACAGAUUCAGAAAAUCCUGACGGACCGAGUUGAAGCUCUCAAUGAGAAACACACUGCAGAGAACACAUUGCAUUCUCUGAAAUCAAAAAUYAGGAAAAAGAACCGYGAAAUUGUGGCGAUAAAAGCGGCAGAGCAGAUCAGUAAAAAGGCGGUUUUACUCAGCGAAACUGAAACACUUCGAAAUGAGCGCGACGUCGCACUUGGGAAAGUUGCGCACCGUGAUGUAGUCAUCGAACACCUAAAACUUGAAUUAAAACAGGCAAAAGAGGAAAUAAUUCAGAAGUCUGUGAGUUUGCAAGAUACCACGCGAAGACAAUCCAUCAGAGAGAAGCAGAGUCAAGUUGUGGCACGUUUUAAAAUGGCUGCCAUACACGCCGCACAAUCGACUAACAAUGAUUCUAAACAAGUUUAGUAUUUCUAGAAGGCUACAAACAUUAUUUAUACAUAGAGAUGAAAAUCCUUUUUAUUUAUUGUUUYCGUAAGGUCUUUUUCAAAACGYUCAAUCUCSAGUAUGCACAAAUGUCKAUCGCUCUUUUUUUGUUUACUGCUGCCAUUUGAUUCGUUUUGACUUCAUAACGUGUAAGAUUCGACGUUUCAGACGAACCUAUAUACUGAUUUAUUUAGUCAUUUCACUUGCUUUAUGUAUUAAARUUAAUCAGCUUUUAAUUCACACUAGUGAGAUUCGGCGAUUCACACGRACUCGUAUCGAUUUAGUCAUUUCACUUUCAAAUGUAUUAAAAUCAAU